UUUCAAGAUUAGCCAGAAUUGUCCUGAUCUGAAUGUCCAAUCCGUCAGCGCAUUUGGACUGCACAGACUUGGCUGCUUUUAUGACGAGGUUGGAAACGCUGAGAAAGGCUGAUGAUUCAGUGAUCAUUGCUCUGAACGACGCUUUACCAACGCAGUCGUUCCAUCCUGUUAAUGCUCGACAAACGUGCGAAAAUGUUGGCAAGCAACUGGCUGAGUUACAAAAGGAGAGAUUCGAUCUGAUUGAGAGAUGUUUGGCAGAGAAUGAGAAGCGAGCAAAAACGAUUCCCGAAGGCACUUUAGAAGCCAGGAUAGUUCGGAACACUAUCCGUCAAAUUCGUGGAGAGUUUGGCGUGGAAGAGAUUAUUGGAGCGAGAAGUCGUAAAGCCGUUGAUGAACGUUGUGGAAAGAUCUUCUAAAUCAUAUUAAUACUGCCAGUGAUUUGAUCAGCUAGAUUUUAGGAUGAAGUUGUUCGUAUUUGCUCAUAAUUCCUAGGUUAGCACUAACAUAUUAUCACAUUAGGUUCUUUCACGUUGUUUGUAUGUUUAUGUCAGAUG